GACUCCCCCUUUUCCCUCCCUCUGCUCUUGCUGCUGAUCCAUAGAUCUCUGGUUUUUUUUUCCCCUCUCCCUGAGGUUGGGUUUGGAGUUAACUCCUCUCUGCCCAGCUUUCCCGCAGGCUCAGCUGCUCCCUGCUCCUCCUGCUGAGAAGGAGGUGGCAGAGAGAAAGCUCACUACUCUCUGGUGGAAGAGGGGGGAUGGGGGGGAGAAGGGUCCCUUGGACCUCAGCAGCCACCUCUCGAUGCCGGGUGUUCAGAAUGUGUUGUCCAACACCUCCGGAGAAUAUAAAUAUCCCACCACUGUGAGCCUUGUCCCUGCCCUGUCCUUGGGAUAGGGCCCUAAUCCCUGUGGAAGAUGAGCAAUUAAUUGCUGUUGCUAGCUAUUAUUAAUUGUUACUAACACAGCACUGAGCAGAUCGAGCCUCUCCCACAACAUCUGACCUAGGGAAGGAGGAGAAAGCAGGUUUCAGAUUUCAUCCAGUCCUGGUCUGCACUCCACCAGUACUGCAGUGUGGGAGGGAGGACAAGACCUCCAGGAUGGCCACCUCCAGAGGUGCAGCUCCAUCACAGCUGCCUGAGACAGCAUGGGUGCUGGCUGAUGUGCCAGGAGAGGACAGUGACCCACACAGCCCUCCUGCCCUGCCACUCUGCUGCCAUGUCCAUCCUGGUGACAGGAGCUGUGCCCUGAGGACUUCCAGGUGCACUAAGACCGCCUGCAGCUUGAUGAUCCUUUCUCAGCAAGACUCAAAGGCCACCAGCUUCCCUUCACUGGGAAAGUCAUGGCUACCUCUUCCAAGGAUGGAGCAGGAUGUGGAGAAGGAGGCGCUGGCCCCUUCCCCUCCACAGCAGCCCCAAUAUCCCCACUGGCUCAGUGGCAACCCUCGGCCUGGCAGGAGGGACCAUGCAGCUUCUCCCCACCACUUGCCCCUCUGGUGGGAAGGAGCGAGGUGUCCCCGCCAGCUCCCUAUCAGCCGCUGUAACCAGGGAAAAGGGGAAGGCCGUGCCUCGGGACGCAGUGAUAACCCAGGGGAUGCGGCGGAGUGCAAGUCUGCAGCCGGGCACAGCCUGCCACAGUGCUGCUUGCCAUGGAGGGACCACACCGCAGCUGCCUCCUCCUCCUCCUGUGCCUGCUGCCACCACCGGCCAUCCCAGGCCCACCGCCGUCUCUGGAGGAGCCCCGGGAGCCGCUGCUGCCACCGUCCAGCACCGCUGACCCCACCGCCCACCUGCUGCGCGGUCACCCCUCGGCCCCGGUGCGGCCCUACAGCCUGUCCCUCUCCCCCGAGGAUUAUCGCUACUCCCCCAAGCCCCGGCACCUGCGCCCCGGGCGGCUGCGCCGGCUCCUGGGCUCGGCCUUCGACCCCUUCUGGAUGGCGACCGAGGAGCCCUGCGGUCGCAACGGCAGCAUCCCCGAGGAGAAUCUGGAGUCCAUGAGCAGGGACCUGGCCGAGGGUGCGGGGCGAUAUCACCGCAAGCUGUGGCGAGAGGUGGAGGGGCUGGAGCUGCCCAUCCUGCUGCCCGCCGCCCCCGAGCUGCCCCCGCAGCUACCGGGGGUCCUGGCCCGCCGCCUGCGGCAGUGGCUGGUGGAACGGGCCUCCUGCCGCCUCACCUCCGCCUGGGUCGACCUGGGACCCAUCUUCUGGCCGCGCUGGGUGCGCCACACCACGUGCGAGAGCGGCCCCCCCGGCUGCUCCUGGCCCCCCGGCAUGAGCUGCCGCCCCGCACAGCUCACUCGCAUCAAGCUGCUGGCCUGGCACUGCUGGACCCCGCAGCACCCCGGCCCCCCAAACUGCGCCUGGCGGCAGAUCCCCUACCCCGUCGUGGCCGCCUGCAAGUGCUCCUGCCACUGAAGGGGCUGCGGGGGGCUACGGAGGGACCCCCCAGUGCCUGUUCUUGCAGCCAGAAGGCCCGAGAAGGCAAACGGCUGCCGGGUUCACCCUCGGAGCUGGGGGGAAAUCCCCUAAACAGAAAUAAACCUCCAGAAAGGAAGUGGGGAUGGCUG